AUGACCGAAAAAAUUGAGCAACGAAUUUGCAUCAAGUUUUGCUUUAAUCUUGAAAAAACUUGUACAGAAACUAUUCAAAUGUUGCAAAAGGCCUUUGGAGACGAUUGUAUGGGAAAAACUCAAAUAAAAGAGUGGUUUAAGCGUUUUAAAAAUGGCCGCACGUUUGUUGCCAGUGAUCCUCGUUCUGGUCGACCUUCGACGGGAAAAACAUCGGAUAAUGUUGAAUGUGUGCGAGCGGCAAUUGAACAAAAUCGUUGUUUGACUACCAGGGAACUAGAAGAUGACCUUGGGAUACCAAAAAGUACUGUUCACCGAAUUUUAACCGAGGAUUUAGGCAUGACUCGCGUGUGCGCUAAAUUCAUCCCAAAACUGCUUUCAGAACAACAAAAAAGCCUUCGAUUAGAAAUCGCUCAGGACAAUCUAGAAAUGAUCAAUAGCGAUGAAAAUUUUCUCAAAAAGGUCAUUACUGGUGAUGAGUUAUGGGUUUACGGUUAUGAUCCGGAAACUAAACAACAGUCCUUGCAGUGGAAGCAUGCUUCUUCGCCACGACCAAAAAAAAGCACGUCAAAGUCGGAGCAAAAUCAAGUCGAUGUUGAUUGUUUUUUUCGAUAA